AUGCUCACCCACUGUGCACUGGCUGCCGUCGCCCUCUGGGCCGCCCAUCCGGCCGCCGCCAGCUACGCCUUCUACGUGGGCAAGAACCUCACGGUCGACGGAAGUACGAUGAUCGGAGGCACGGGCGAAGAAGUCUCCAGUCACUGGCUGCAGCUGUUUCCAGCGCGCGACCAUCCCCCCAACGCGACCAUCACCGUAGGCGUCACCGAGGACGCCAGCUUCCCCGGCGAGCGGAUCCAGAUCUCCCAGGCCAACCACACCUUUCGAUACCUCAGCAUGGAAUACUCGGACUACGAGGGAUUUCCGGCGCCCCUGACCAACGGCGGCCUCAACGAGAAGGGCGUUGGCGUGCGGGACGUCUGGGCCGUCAACCGAGACGAGCUGCAGGCCAUGACACCGAACCCCCAGCACGGAUUGCAGUACAGUGACCUUGCGCGCAUCGUCUUGGAGCGUGCGAGCACCGCCCGCCAAGGCGUCGAACUCAUCGGACACCUGAUCGCGAAGCACGGGGAAUCGACGUACGGCGGCAACUCCCACCUCAUCGCCGAUCACGACGAGGGCUGGGUCGUCUGGGAGAUGGCCGGCGGCGCGGGACUCUGGGCGGCGCAGCGCCUGGGGCCCAACGAGGUGAAGGUCCUGUAUCCCGGAUAUAUCGAGGACUUCCCGGUCAACUUCCGGGACCGCGCCGAUUACAUGGGCUCCGAGAACAUCGUGUCGUUCGCAGUCGAACGGGGCUGGUGGAACGCCUCCUCCGGCAGGCCGUUCAAUAUCUUCGAUGUCUACGGCCCGCAGGAUCCCCGGUACCGGGCCCGCGACGGGGGAUACAAGUUCAUGUCCCAGGCCGCGCUCGAGGAUGCCACCCUGCGCAUGGCCCCCGUGACGGAGGAGAAACUCAUGGCGCGCGUCCGGGAUCACCGUAUCGCAGAUGACGAGGCCGGCUAUGGACAAGUUGUCAGUCUGCGUGCCGGCGUCGACCGCGACAUGCUGCGCAUCUGGAUCGCACCCACCGGCUCCGUCGCUGCCCCUUUCCUUCCGUACUGGCUGGGGGUUGAGUCUAUCCCGGCGGAAUACGGAGAACACCGGUACCUGACCACGGGGGCCUCCAGCAGCUUUCUCAACCCAGACUAUCAGCUCCAGGAGGCCUCGAUCUUCGCCGGCCGGGUGUUCAAACGGGUUCUGUACUAUAUGUGCUCCUCGCCGCCCCAAUACCUUCCCCUCGUGAGGGAGAUGCUGACCCGAUUCGAAUCUGAAUCUCGCGCCCAGAUUCAGGGCUGGGUAGAGCAUUCCGCUCGGCUGCUAAUCAGUGCCGGUCGGCGACAAGAGGCGCGCUCAUUACUGACCUAUUAUUCCCAUUCUCGCGCAGGGAAGGCCCUAGAGAUCGGCCACCGGCUGAACAACGCGCUGGAUGGCUACAUCAAGUUGACCGGACAGUGGCAGACCCCGGUGGGCAACGAAAUCAACGACAGCGGUGAAGGCAAGGAAACGGUCAAUUGCUUGGUUGGAUACGAUCCCGACCAACCGAAGGACCUUCAGUCAUAA